AUGAGUGGUUACGACAGAGCAUUAUCUAUUUUCUCCCCUGAUGGUCAUAUUUUCCAAGUAGAAUACGCCCUAGAAGCCGUCAAGAGAGGUACGUGUGCAGUCGGCGUCAAAGGUACCAAUUGCGUAGUGCUGGGUUGCGAAAGAAGAUCCACUCUGAAACUACAAGAUCCAAGAAUCACUCCAUCCAAAAUAUCAAAGAUUGAUAAUCAUAUCGUACUUUCAUUCUCUGGUCUCAAUGCGGAUUCAAGAAUCUUAAUUGAAAAGGCAAGAGUAGAAGCUCAAUCGCAUAGAUUGACCCUGGAAGAUCCAGUCACCGUAGAAUAUUUGGCUCGUUACGUCGCAGGUGUCCAACAGAAAUAUACACAAUCCGGUGGUGUUAGACCCUUCGGUGUCUCAACUCUGAUUGCUGGUCUCGAUCCAAGGGAUAACACUCCAAAAUUGUACCAAACAGAACCAAGCGGUAUAUAUUCCUCAUGGACUGCACAAACUAUCGGCAGAAACUCAAAAACCGUGAGAGAAUUCCUCGAGAAAAACUACAAUAAAGAUGAACCUCCAUCCACAGUGGAAGAAUGUGUGAAAUUAACAAUCAAAUCAUUGUUGGAAGUGGUUCAAACCGGAGCAAAGAACAUCGAAAUAACCGUCGUUUCAGCAGAUAACAAAAUAAUAGUCCUAGAUAAUGAAGAAAUCGGUAAAUACGUAGACGACAUUGAAAAGGAAAAACAAGAACAACAGGAACAAGAGAAAAGUAAGAAAUCUUCCAAAUAA